AUGGGAGAAGUUUGGCCCUUGCAGGUCAGCACAGAGGGUUCUCCUAAGUCCUUGGAGCUGCUGGACUCCUUCACCUUCAUGAACACUAGCGUGGACUGCGUGGCCCAGAGCCUGCACCCCGCCAUCCCUGCCCUGGGGACCCUUCUCCUGCUGGGCUGCAUCCUGCUGAACGGCACAACCCUCUGGGUGUUCUGCUUCCGCAUCAAGCAAUGGGAUUCAGGCAUGAUCUUGCAGUUCAGCCUGGUCCUGGGAGACGUCCUGGUCAUCCCUGCUACUCCACUGAGGAUUUCUUACUUCAGCCUCGGCAAUCAGUGGCCAUUUGGGCAGUUUCUCUGCCAGUUUGAAGUCUUCCUGCAGAGCAUCCACAUGUACAGCAGCAUCUAUUUCCUGACACUCAUCUGUGUUCACCGGUACUUUGUCAUCGUACAGUACAAGAGCAAGUCCGUCUGGAAGAAGAAGAGCUUUUUGAGAAAACUGUGCUUCUUCAUCUGGCUCAUCCUCUUUGUCCAAGGACUGCCUUUCUUCUUCUUCCUUAAGACUUCAAUUGUCAGUGGCUCAGCAAAAUGCCUAAGCAUUUAUCAGUCAGAGUUGGCCUCUUUUUACUACUCCUACAACAUGGUUUUGGUCGUGUUCUCUUUCCUCCUGCCCUUUGCCAUUUCCUUGACUUGUGGAGCUCUGUUGGGAGCUGCCAUUGCUAAAGCAGCAACAAAAAGCUCCAGAGGCAAGAAGAUGAAAAGCAGGUCUCUGCAGAUAAUAACAGUGUCUCUGGUGAUUUUUGCCAUCUGCUUUGGCCCCCUGCACAUCUUGAGGACUGUUGGCGUCGUUGUGAAGUACUAUGGCAUGUCUUGCAAGCUCUUGCACCAAGUGGAGUUUGCCUAUUACAUCAGCUGGCUGUUCACCAUUGCAAACACCUGCCUGGAUCCCCUGAUUUAUGUGUUCGCUAAUGUCAAGUUUAAGAAGAGCUUUGCUGACUCCUUUCGCAAAUGCUGGAGCACCAAGUGA